AGUUCCCACCGCUCAAGCAGCCAGCCGUACGUUGCCCGCGUUCCGCACCGGCCAACAUGCGUUGCGUCCGUCCUAGUCGCAGAACGUCGUGUUGAUCUGGAUCUCGAGAUCGAAUCAGAGAUACUGGACGCGGCCUCUGAUCCAUUGACUCACGCCAAACAACUCCAUGGGAUCUCGCCAGGUUCCGCGCUCCACUUGCAAGCCACGCGAUCCGACUGCCGCGUAGCCAUCGCUCGCUGCCGGGUUUGCUGCUGGGGCUUUCUUAACUCGCUAGCGACAACUCCCUCGCGCGCGCGCACACACCCGAGUCAGUGACUGCACUUACUCACUCUUGAGUCUUGAGUGCUUCGCCAUUACUCGGCUCACCUACUCCAGAUCUCAUGGCUCCCCAGCGCCGCCACCCCGCGCCAACAGCGCCCAUGGCGUGCUCCCUCCUGCUCCUCGCGCUCUGCCUCGCACCACCAGCACACGGCUCGCGCGUCCAGCCCACGGCCACUACCAGCAAGGCUCCUCCAGCGCCGGUGCCGGCACCACCACCUCCGGCGUCCAAGGCGACGACCACAGCGCCUCCCGAAUCCGACGAGUUCCUGGCGCCGCACAACAAGGCGCGCGCGGAGGUGGGCGUGGCCGCGCUGCGGUGGAGCGCGGGGCUGGCUUCUGCCGCGGCGAAGACGACGUCCCAGCAGCAGCGGCAGAGCGGGUGCGCGUUCGCGGACAUGGGCGCGAGCGCCUACGGCGCAAACCAAGGGUGGGCCAGCUACCGUGCGCGGCCCGGCGAGGUGGUGGGCUCGUGGGUGGCCCAGGCCCGGUACUACACGCACGCCAACAACAGCUGCGCCGCGGGCCAGCAGUGCGGGACGUACACGCAGGUGGUGUGGCGCCGCACCACGGACGUCGGGUGCGCGCAGGCCACAUGCGGCACCGGCGCCACGCUCACGCUCUGCCUCUACGACCCGCACGGCAACGUGAAGGGCGAGAGCCCCUACUAGCUUAGGUACUCGUCAGGUUAAUUGGUACACUGGUGGUUGUCUGCCUCUUGCGUUUGAGGCAGCGGUUGCCCGCCGGCGCCGGAGCCGGAGCGAAGUUAGAGACUUGGAAGUAGUACUUGUACGAUGUAGCUCACUCAUGCUGUGUGCCUUGUUCCGUUAGUGUUGUGUUGUGAUCUGAUAUCUAUCACUGUUGUGUUCUUGGUGCCUGGAACUGCUUGCAUGCGUUCGUAAGAAACAAAUUAAUGUAGUGAUAGUGUGAGCCUAUGUGUUUCAGUGUUUGCAUGGUGGAUGCUUGUGAUGUGAUAUUCUUAAUGUGGUCGCCAGUGCGCCACAUAGUA